ACCGGCCCCCUCCCCCUCCCUGUGUCACACGGACCGGCCCCUCCCCUGUGUCACACGGACCGGCCCCCUCCCCUGUGUCACACGGACCGGCCCCCUCUCCUGUUUUACACAGACCGGCCCCCUCCCCUGUGUCACAUGGACCGGCCCCCUCUCCUGUUUUACACAGACCGGCCCCCUCCCCUGUGGCACACGGACCGGCCCCCUCUCCUGUUUUACACAGACCGGCCCCCUCCCCUGUGGCACACGGACCGGCCCCCUCUCCUGUUUUACACAGACCGGCCCCCUCCCCUGUGUCACACAGACCGGCCCCCUCCCCUGUGUCACACAGACCGGCCCCCUCCCCUGUGUCACACAGACCGGCCCCCUCCCCUGUGUCACACAGACCAGCCCCCUCCCUUGUGUCACACAGACCGGCCCCCUCCCCUGUGUCACACGGACCGGCCCCUCCCCUGUGUCACACGGACCGGCCCCCUCCCCUACCGGCCCCCUCCCCUGUGGCACACGGACCGGCCCCCUCUCCUGUUUUACACAGACCGGCCCCCUCCCCUGUGUCACACGGACCGGCCCCCUCCCCUGUGUCACACAGACCAGCCCCCUCCCUUGUGUCACACAGACCGGCCCCCUCCCUUGUGUCACACAGACCGGCCCCCUCCCCUGUGUCACACAGACCAGCCCCCUCCCUUGUGUCACACAGACCGGCCCCCUCCCUUGUGUCACACAGACCGGCCCCCUCCCCUGUGUCACACAGACCGGCCCCUCCCUUGUGUCACACAGACCGGCCCCCUCCCCUCUGGAACACAGACUGGCCCCCUCCCCCUCUGGAACACAGACCGGCCCCCUCCCCUGUGUCACACAGACCGGCCCCCUCCCCUGUGUCACACAGGCUGGCCCCCUCCCCUCUGGAACACAGACCGGCCCCCUCCCUUGUGUCACACAGACCGGCCCCCUCCCCUGUGUCACACAGGCUGGCCCCCUCCCCUCUGGAACACAGACCGGCCCCCUCCCUUGUGUCACACAGACCGGCCCCCUCCCCUGUGUCACACAGACCGGCCCCCUCCCCUGUGUCACACAGACCGGCCCCCUCCCUUGUGUCACACAGACCGGCCCCCUCCCCUGUGUCGCACGGACCGGCCCCCUCCCCUGUGUCGCACGGACUGGCCCCCUCCCCUGUGUCGCACGGACCGGCCCCCUCCCCUGUUCUUUAAAGAGUUAGAGGAUAUACACCAGCAGAACAUUGUUAUAGAUGACAUCAGCGACGUCGUGUUCAGACACGCCCAGUCCAACUUUGACCCCUACAUCACCUACUGCUCCAAUGAGGUUUAUCAGCAGAGGACCCUACAGAGGCUCGUAAGUAGUAAGAGUCCAGUGUUUAAGGAGGUGUUGACUCGUAUUGAGGGUCACCCAGACUGCAGGAACCUCCCAAUGAUCUCCUUCCUGAUCCUGCCGAUGCAGAGAGUCACACGCCUGCCUCUGCUGAUGGACGUCAUUUGUCAGAAGGCUCCUAAGGACUCAGUAUGA